AAAUCUCCUAGCUACGGACAGAAAGAAAAUCAACAACCUGCGCUAGCAAGAUAUUAACAAGACAUUGUUUCUUUCCAGGAAGGCGCAGGACAGCAAGCUUCGUACCAUCACCUUCUUCUGGCUGAUUGUCUACCAACUGGGACUGCCUUUGGAUAUCUGCGUCAAAUACUUGACCUGCUUUUCGCGCAACGACAAAGCCGCGACGAAAGUGAGAGACCUACUUUUACUUGGCUUGCUUUUCGCACAACAGCAAGGCCGCGACGAUAGUAAAAGACCUGCUUUUACAUGACUUGCUUUUCGCACAACAACAAAGCCGCGACGAACGUGAGAGAUCUGCUUUUCGCGCAAUAGCAAGGCUGCGCCGAAAGUAAACCUGAGUCGUCCGAAAAUUCACCAGCUACUCGGCUGAUAUCUCCAGAUCUAGUAGCCUUAACUUUUCAACGUCCUACAAGACAGUCAACCAUACCCACAACUUGCAAAAUGCCACCAGCCAAGUCCCACAAUUGGUCUCGCUUCGAGCUCCAUACCAUGCUUUGCCUCAUUGCAAAGGGAGUGCACCUCGAAGAGCGAGUCAGAAGAUCUGAUGCCCCCGGUACUGCUCGAGUCAAUGCCUACGAGAACUUCGCUACACAACUAAACGUCGCACUUCAUCGCAAUGACUACAAGAGUGACAUCUCGAAGAGAGAGAUCACCUAUAUGCUUGACCAUCUUCUCGCCGAAUAUAAGCAUGUUGUUGGCAAGGGUGGACUGGUUGAGCGAAAUGCCGGUGGUCGUAUCACUAGAGCCAUGAGAAUGUCGUUCGCAAGACCUGCCCGUGGUUUUAGUGGAAGCCAGACCGAGUGGGAGAAUGGUCGCCGUUAUGAGGUUAUGACCCCGUACCUAAUCAAGAUGGGAAAGUUGAACCCGAAAGAUCCCAUGGCUGUUGAGAGGCGUGUUGUUGAGAUGUCUCUUCUAUCUGCUGUUAAGCUAUCUCAAUUUGCCACUCGCAAGCCCGCUGCUCGACGUAUCCAAGCCGAAGCUGCCGCUGCUUCCCUCGAGACCGAAGCUCUGAGCUCAGGCAACAUGUUCAUCAACUCGACUCAAGAUACCUUCGCCAACGCUUCCGCAAAGUCCCGUGUCAGCAAGAAUCUCGACUGGAACGAGCCAAUUCAACGUCAUCUCGCUCGAUCUGGUCGUUCUACUAACGCUGAAGUUUCGGAUGCCAAUGGCCAAGUCAAUGGCGGAUCGUCUCAAGCUCAUGAAGCUGGUUCUAUGGUUAUUGAUGAUGACCUCGGACGUCGUCAACAAAAUUACGCCGAUAACAUUGGCAACGAGGUUGACAUGUUCCUGGAUACUUUGGGUGACUCCAUGCUGGUUGACAGUGUUGAUCCACCCCGAGGACGUUCCCGACGCCGUCAAAACUAUACCGAUAACAUUGGCAAUGAUGGCAAUGAUUCCGAGAUGUCUGAUGCACCUGCUGAGGUCUCCCCGGCUGCAUUCACGGCAUUCUCAACUGAUCUCUUCGGAAAUGGUUUGUCUCGUUAGGGGAUGGAUCAUGGUUGAGCAUAUUGACCUUCUCGUUUCUGCUUGCGAUUGCGCUUCUGGGCUUUGAACUAGAAGAUGACUCAGCGUUCAUUUGGC